UCUGAAACGUUUUUGACAUUAAUUAAAUCUGCUGAUAUGGGUGGAGAAGUUGACAUUUUUUGCAAAAUAGAAUACUUUUAAAAUCCAUAGAUCAAAUAUACUUUUCCUCCUCAGUAGAAGGGUUAGUAAGUCCCAUAUCGUCUUAACAGAUCUUCCGUGUAUUUUUGCCUUCUGAGCUUCACUGUUUUAUUCCGGAUGACGUUAGGGUGGGCAGCUUUUCUUCGAAUCACUGCGACUUCCAGGAACCAUUCAUUCAUCACAGGAUUGUGGUGAAAGAGAUGAAGAAGGGGAUCACCUGCUUUCCGUGGUUACCACCCUGGUUUCUUUUUGGAAAGAUUUAGGGGAAGGAAACCUCCCUAGGCCUGGUGUCUAAGUGUCUGACCACAGGGAACCUUUUCCAAAGAAGGAUCUUUCAAAAUCAGUCCAUGGCUAUUGUACAAAGCUGCUGUGUCUGAACCACAGAACAGCAGCCGUUUAGUCGGUAAUCUUGAAUCAAUGACUGCUACCUCUGUUUUGCUUCAGGGGUUAUGUGAAGUCCAAUGAUACAUUAUGAGGUUAUCAAAUUUCCCUGCCAGCAUUUCUUUAUAAACACUGCUGUUGAUUAGAAUUAUUGCUGGCUUGAAACACCUUAAGACAUUAUCAGCUUGAUUUGCCAAGUAUAAGUACAAAUACAAGGAAUCUGACUGGUUCUGGUUGCUCUACAGCUAUUAUGUAUUGAGAAUGUACUUUGUAAAGGUUUGUAGGGGUGGUGGGGGCAAAGUGGUUAGGGGCUUGGCCUGGGAACUGGAAGGCACCCUUCCCUAUACUGCUCCCCGGGCGCCCGUACAUAUGGCAGCCCACUGCUCCUAACACUAGGAUGGGUCAGAUGCAGAACGGUGUUAAUAAAAGUACAUCUUUCUUUCUUUUCCAAAGAGGAACCUUGUCCCAGACUUGGUUUCCCCACAACCACAGCAGUAAAGGGAGCCACAUAACCAUUCAAACCACUCAAGUCAAUGAGCUAGCCAAUCAUAGUGCAGUAGGACAUGAGGAAGUACCUGGCUCCAGUUGUUGUGUAACACUUAAUAACUACGUAACAUUAACUUUAUUGAUCCCUUGAAGGGAAAUUUCUUUCCCCACUCUGUGGCGUUUUACACACACGGAGGAUAUACAUGCUCAAGCAACCACACACACAUGCAGGAGAGAUGGCAGAGCAGGGAGGCUGCCAGGUACCCGGCGCCAGCGAGCAACAUUCAGGGUUCAGCAAGGCACCUCGCAGUGGCUCAGGAAGAGAACUGGCACCUCUCCAGCUACCAGCUCACUCCAUUUUUCUGGUCAUUUUUAGCGUCUGCAAUCUGAGCUAACGCCAGGUAGGCUAACAACACAUCCGCUCCAUUGUCAGCAAAUACACUUUUUAACCGUUUUAAAGUUAAAUCAACAUUUGAAUCAUAAAAGUUAUCAAGAUCCAGUUAUUCUAAAACGGUUGUUGUCCACACUUAACUUUGGGGCAGGAAGGAGCCUUCCCAAUAAUGGUUCUUCCAAUAAAGUCUGAAAUGUCUUAAAUAUCUUAAAUCUUUCCUGUAAUUGGACUCAAGACGCCGAACCAAACCAUGAAUAAAGAUCAAAAGUGUAAGUGUUGCCUCUUCAAAGAUCAUGGGAGUAAGCCAACAUGUUCUGGAAUAAGUACUAUCAUUUAUGGGUCUUGGCAAUGCCACAAUUCUCACGUCUAAUGGCUGUCAUCUCUUAAUAGGGUUUAAUCUUUCAUAUUCAUCAAGAUAAGAGUUUUUAUUCUUAGGGGAAAUGGGCAUUUUACCAAACUUUUCCAGCAAAAGAAACCACCACUUCUUGACAACAGAGGUGUCUUUGUAGUCACAUGAAAAGCUGAACCAAUUGUAUUUCGUCCCUCACACAUUUAAUGAACAACAGGGGUUAUAAUGUGCCCAGUCAGUUCUGUCAGACAGUCUCCAGACACUUCUCCAGCAUGAACACAAUUUUCGUCAUCGGCCAAAUCAUUGGCAUCGCCUCUGUCUCUGCUGCGCUCCUCUUCGUCCUUGCCAAGCUGGUUUCCCGCCGAUGCAGCAGCCAUGUGCAGGACGGUUAUGGCUACGCGGUGCUGAUAACGGGCUGCGACAGUGGCUUCGGACACCAGCUGGCUCGCGUUUUGGACGACAAAGGGUUUGUGGUGUUCGCAGGGUGCCUGGCUCCAGAAGGAGCGGGCGCCCACAGUCUGGCCAAAAGAAGCUCCUGUAAUCUGAAAAUCCUCAAACUGGACGUCACCAGCGACAAAGAGGUGCAACAGGCGAAGACGACGGUCCUCAGGAACCUGCCAGACAAAGGCCUGUGGGCGGUUGUGAACAAUGCUGGAAUCACGGACUGGGCAGAGAUUGAAUGGAGCUCCAUCGAAGAUUUCAAACGCAUGAUCGACAUAAAUCUGUUCGGCUCCAUCAGGGUUACGUCUGCAUUUCUACCUUUGGUUCGUGCUGCUAAAGGUCGGAUGGUUUUCAUGUCGAGCAUCUUUGCUUUCUUUACCUGCCUGAACAUGGGGGCUUACAGCGUCUCCAAGAGAGGCCUGGAGGCGUUUGCAGAUUGUCUGCGGGUAGAAAUGGCCAGUUUUGGAGUGAAGGUCAGCAUCAUCCAGCCGGGUAACUUCGGCCAGGCAACGAACAUCCUGAAGAUGAACGGUUUGGAUAUUUGGGAGAAAUUUGAUGGCGAACGUAAGCAGAACUUCAACCGGCAGUACAUCGAGCAGGCCAAUGAGUACUUCAUGUCCACGUGCAAGUCGGGGUUUAAAGAUGCCGACAUAGUGAUCGACGCCAUGCUGCACGCCAUCACGUCCUCACGGCCAAAAUACAGAUACCUGCUGGUCUCCACCGUGGACAUGUUUUUCUUCCAGCUCUUCCCUUUCCUCCCCACAGCCCUCACCGAUGCCGUGUUCUUGCUCAGCCCCAUGUAUGGCACCCGAAAAGCAUUGCUGUACUCUAAAUAGGAAGAGUCUGCACAUCUCUUAAUGUUUUACCAUGUUUUAUAAUGUGUUACGGUGAUCUAUGGGCUUCUGAUGAUCAUUCACAGCUGAACCUUUUCUUUCUAUCCAUUAGAAAUGUAUCCUUUUCUGUCACCUGGUUUUAUUUUAUCUCGCCCGUAGUUGAACAUAUUAUAUAAUCACCAUAAUGUGUGUGACUCUGGUGUGUCAUUUAAAACAAAAACGGUCGCUGUGACUAACCUUAGUUGAUCUUUGAAAAGCCUGAGGGGCCGAAAUGUCAUUUAAGUUCCAGUGAACUUCUGGUGUCAUUUAUACAAAGACACUUGUAAAGACUUUGCAUGUAUUUAUAUAUUUCCAAUAAACGGAGGACUUUUGUACUUAAAGAGGAACAGAUUACAAAGUUAGAGAAGAGAAAGAAGUUGAAAUGUUGAGACUGUUGGGAAUAAAGUUAGGAAGUCCAAAUUUAGAUUGACUUUGAAUUGUUGAAUU